GUGGCGGGAAAGCUAUAUAUUGCAGCCGGAUGCUCGCUCGUUGCAAUUUUUCUGCGUUUACUAGUGAACAGCAAGAUGCUUCCGCCCAGAGGGAGCAUAAUUUUGGAGGUGAUAUGUUUAAUAUUAUGCGCCGGUCAAACGCGCUCCCAGAGUUACGAUUACUCAGCCGAAGACGGUGAGGGCGAAUAUUACUCGGAACAUUCGGACGAUGGUCACGAACACCCGGACUACUCGAAAUACUUCGCUGAAGGCGCCGCCUCCUCGCCGGUGGCCGCCAAGGGCGCGAACGCCGACUACAACGCGGGAUUCGUUAACCCCGCAGAGUUCGAGUCGUUCUUCUCUUCACCGAUAGCUUUCGGGGAAUCGGAGAGAAAGGAAGUCCAAGCUCCCCAGAUCACGUUGGAAUUGCUCAAACCUCAGGCGCAGAAAGCCGACCCGUUCGAAGCUCUGAGGCAGAGCUUCUCGCCGCACCAAGAGGCCACCAAUCAGAACUCGUUGAAAACGGACUACUUCGAGGCGGCUCAAAAGAAGCAACAGCUGAAGGCCGACGAUGAUGAAAUACAGCCGGGGCCGCAUUACGUGUCUCAUCAGCUGCCGGUACCCGCGUUGUUCAACGACGGGCAAAGGGCGUCCAGUAAGGACGACGUGGAGACCAUUCGGCCUCCGGUCAAGAAACCCAAAGUUAAGGUGGACAAAGCGAAACCGGGAUUCGACGGUUUCAAGGACGCGUACGACGCGUUCGACGUGCUGCGCAAAACCGAAGACCAGAUCGACCAGACCAAACCGCAGACCUUCUACAACAGCAAAAACGUAGACUACAAUACCGGCAAAUCGAGUUCGAGCGUGUCGCAGUAUCCGGCUGCAUCGGGCAUUUCGGCCAAUCUGCAGGGUGUACCGACCACAACCCUCAGGCCGUACGACAAGUACAGUUUCCAGCCGGGUUCCGCUGAUUUUAAAGCUCUUCAGAGCAAAUAUUUGGAAGCGUUGGCCAGUCCAUCUACCCCGAUAAAGCCGAUAUUCGAAAAAAAGGAAAACGCCAACGAUGAUGAGCUGGUGUUACCGUCGGAGAGUAUCGCGGAGAGUCUGAAAGACAAGAACUGCCGGAAGAUCUCGGGUCCCGACUCUGCCAGCGGCAUGAACUGUUUCGUUUGCGAGGACGCCAGCAACAACGCCAAGUAUACUCAGUGCAGCUAUAGUAGCGACGAGGAGCCUGUCAAUGAGUAUUCCGGAUCCAGUCACAGGUAUUCCGCGCCUGCUGUACCGACAGAAUCCUCGUACAGGUACAAAAGGAGCCCCAGGAGGUACUACGACAAGGAUCCGUACACGCUCGUCCGGGACAGGUCCAGGAGAUUGUUUGACGAAUUCGACAAGGAACAACAGGCGGCCGAGACCGAACGUCAAAAGGAUUUCACGUACGUCCCUUUCACCGAGGAGGAAGCCGAGAGUUUCGCCAGCGAGCAGCAAAGCGAGGCGUUAAAGGGGGCCGACUGCCAGAAAGUAGACAGGGAAGGAAUGACCUGCACGGUGUGUAAAAACGAGAAAACGGGCGGCAACUUCGAGCAGUGCUCGUACACUUCCGCACCGAAGGAGCACAAGUACGCGUACGUCGCGGAGAAGAAAUACGACAGCGACGACGACGCUCCCGAAGAAAGCAAAAAGACGAUCAAGGAGCUCAAAGGAGAGGCCAAGGUUCAGAACGCCGAGCCUUCGGUGCCAGUAGCGGCCGUCGAGCAGUACCAAGGCGUGACCAAAAGCAAAAUCGUCAAGGACGCCGUGGCUGCCAGUACCAACGCCGGUGCGUCCGAGGAAGGUGACGAGGAAUCCGAAGCGGAAUCGGACGACGAGACGGAGAACGACGAGGAGAAGAAGGAGAAAGCUUCGUCGGACGACGCGUCGUACUACAGCUUCCCGGACUACAGCUUCCUGAAGGACAAGGAGGACAAAAAGUUGGUGGACGAGACGAACUAUGACGUUCCGGAACACUUUGCGGCUAGCGUGCAGAAGAAGAAGACGGCGGAAGAGAAGCCCGAGGAGGAGGACGAUUUUGACGAGUACCAUUACAGGAUUUUCCCCGAGUACCUGAAGGAGGAAUCGAAAAACGAGGAGCAAAGCGCGGCGGCGCCCGAAAAGAAGGACGUCGAGGAGGUGCUCGCGGAGUUCGCGAAGAAAGACCGGUCCAACUGCAAAAAAGCGGAGAAGAACGGCAUGACUUGCUUCCUCUGCGUGGACCAAAACAAAGUGCAACACGAGGAGUGCAUGUACGUGCAGGAAUCGAGGCCUAAGGCGACACACGUCGCCUACCACGAGCUCCAGCGUCUCAAAGACCCGAAAACGGAAGAGCCGGCCGAAAGUAAAGCCGAGCCGGUGACCCAGUCACCGGAAGAGGUAGCGGCGGAGUCCAAAAGGAAGAAGUUCUUCAAGAAGGUGUCGACGCCGUUGCCCCUGCUGAAAUCGGAGGAGUUGGUGGCUGCCGCAUCCGACGUGGAAGAAGCGUACGUCGCUUUCGCGAAACCCGACGAGAAGAGGAAGAAAGACUCGGCGUCGGAAGCGAGCGACCAGGAGCCAGAGAGGUUAAAGGAGGACGAGAUCGAGAAGUCGAUGCCGAAGGAGAAGGAGGAGGAGGUGGCGGAAAACGAGGGUGCUUUUAGCGAGGAGACGAAGCCGGUAUACAGCGAGCUGUACGGUACGACCUUGCCCAAGUACAUGGUGGAGAAGACCGAAUUCGAGAAAGACUUUGACGCGGCAGCAGGGUUCGCCUGAUCGCAACGGGACACGUUCAAAUUAUCAUUAAUUAAUUUUAAAAACGCCCGCGGGGCCGGCGCUGCGGUGGGGACUCGGUAAACCGCGUUCGGAAUUAUUUACCUGUAAUAUAAUUUGUUGUUUCGUUACCUGUUUUUUUUUUCGUUGUUGUUGUUGUUUUGUUGAAAAUAAAAGAG